UUUAAUGGUUCAAGAGGCUUAAAAACAAGAUGCUCAUGCCUGAGCUCACUGAAUUUCAAGCCGGUCCUUAUGCUAAUAACCUCGACAAUAUUAGCAGUGUGUUUAUUAUAAUAAUAAACUGAAAAACAGCUGUCACAGUAAGAAGUUCACAACAGUGAGCCGGCAUGACUCUAAAGGUUGAAGGUGAUCCAGCUUAUGGCAGUGUGUCUGGAGCUCGUUUCACAGAUGUGGAGGGCUCAGAGUCAGUCCCACUCCUCACUCCAGGUCCUCCACCUCCUCCUCCAGCCCGCCGGCGAGCAUGGAAGCCACUGAGCAGAGAGGAGCUGGAGAGGUGCGCUGGAGGGCCGCAGUGGAGGAAAUUUCGACGCCGACUGGUACUCUGCUUCUGGAUCUGCUGGAUGCUGCUGCUGGGCGCCGCGGUGUUAAUAGUGAUCCGGAGCCCACGGGCCACAUCGCCUGUGCUGCACUGGUGGCAGAGGGAUCUGAUCUACCGCCUGCAGCCCAUGCUCUUUUUGGAUGCAGACAGACAGCAGGACAGCCGGAUCAACAGAGUGUGUGAGCGUCUGCCGUAUCUUAAGUCUGUGGGUGCUGGAGCAGUGAUUCUGGAGGGACUGUUUGGGAACAGCAGCUCCUCAACAAACCUGACAGAGAUCGACCAAAAUCUUGGCACACUUCCACAACUCACACAGCUCAUAACGGAAAGCCGGAAAGCAGGUGUGAGAGUGAUCCUGGAUCUUUGUGAGCUGGAUCUAUUUGAGCAAGAGUCAAACAAUGACACUGCGGUUUGGUCCGGUGCGUCUGAGAGCAUUCAGUACUCAUUAAGGUAUUGGCUGGAUCACGGGGUAUCAGGAUUUGGGAUCUGUGAUACAGAUGCAGCUUUCUCAGCAAAGACCCUAAUGGAGUGGAACAAGCUGAUGCAGGAGUUCAGCUCACAAGAUGAUGAAAGAAUAUUGAUGGUGAGGCAAACAGGCAACACUCUUCCCGUGCUCAAUGUGUCCAGCUUUGCUGGUUCACUAGUGGAGCUAGUAACAAAGUCCCUGAUCCCUCCAUCGCACCAUCCGCUGUCUACCGCUGAGGUGGCGGAGGCCAUAGAGGUCAGUCUGCAGAUGCCACAGAGAGACUGGCCAAGCUGGACCGUUGGUGGAGGAGUACCAAGGGAGCUGAAUAGAGCCAUUCUACUUCUGAUCAUGACUUUACCUGGAACACCCAUCAUCAAAUAUGGAGAUGAGCUCAGUUCAGCUCAGGGUUGGAACCGGCUCAAUCAACCUCUAGCUCUUUUCCAAUCCCUGAGUCAGUCUCGUGCCCGUGAGGAGGCUCUUCACUUUGGCAGAUUCACCUUUCUAUCCUUCAAUACCAGCCUGCCAUCCUCGUCUGGUCUCAAUACUACAGACACACCUCUGUUAGCUUAUCUGCGUUCCUGGGGCUGCGUUCACUUUCUUGUGCUGUUCAAUUUGGGAUCUGCACCUCACACCAUGGACCCAGACUGGGCACCCAGUCUACCUGAAGGCGGAGUGUUUGUAACUAGCACAGGUCUUGACCGAUUCGGCCCUGUGUCUCUAAAUACAAUCAAAAUGCAACCACAUGAAGCCAUUGUCAUCAAACUGUUCGAAUCUGACAGCUCUUCCUGAGAAGAGAUUACUGUGUAAAAGAUCGUCUGGAGCCAUAUUUACAAAACAUCUUAAUGCUAAAAGUAGCUAGAAAAUCUUAAAAAUAAUGGGCAGUCCUUAAUUUAGGACUCAUAACAUUUUUUGCUUAAAGAUUAUUUCAGUUAAGACUAUAGCUCCUAAAAUCAGUGACGUGUUGGGGUAGCAAAGAGUCUCUAAGUCAUAAGAUCAAAAUGCUAACUCUAUUAAAUUCCCUUUGCUGACAAUCUGCUUUGGAGUUGUUUUUUUAACUUAGCCAACAUUUGACCACAGUGAGCUUUUAUUAUGUCAUCUCCUUAAUCACAGAGUUAUUCCCUUACUGUAAUAAAUAUAUUUUCAGAUUCA